AAUUUCUGGAGGGUUUUUCUUAAGUAUGUUAACACAUCAUUGUAAAAUGUUUGAGGGCACUCGUUUUUGAGAAGAGGUGAAUUAUGUAUCUUUUAGACUUAAAAGUUUCUGAAAGCUGAUCAUCAAGUCUCUCUGACGUUGGAGAUUGCGGGGGCUAUAAGAGAUAAUUGCGUGUUUACCAUCCAUUAUUCCUUUUCAGGGUAAGUGAAAUUCUCUAUUACCAUUAAUACAAGAAAAAAUGUUGUUCUCUAUGCUCAUACAAAGAUAAUCGAACGUGCCUACUUCGUGUAUUGAAACAUUAAAUAUAAAAUUCUGAGCGUUUACGCCCAAACAUAUGGUGCAAAAUAUUUUAUUGAGGACUUCAAGGGAGCCAACUCUCAUCUUUUACCAAGGCACCCUAAAUUAUUCAUCACAGCUUGGCACAUACAUGUAGCUGGAAAAUGACAAGUAUUGAUAAAACAAUCAUUUCAAAGGCUUUUCAGUCCUCUUUCAGGGCGCAACUCUAAACUGAUAUAGGAAUGAGACGACAUCCAACAGGGAAAGAAAAAGUCUGUUGUGUUUAUGAAUAAGAUUCCAACCUUGCUAUAUUUGCUUUCUCGAACUGAAUAAAAAAAUGAAACUAAAAAAUUAAAAACAAAUUGCAUCCAAACAAAUAAUUGACAACAUGAAUUUUUGCCUCUAAAGAACAACUUAGAGAGCCGUGUAAACGGUACAGAAAUCAUGUGAAGAGUUCAGACGUGUUUAACGUUAAAGAUAGAGUCGAAAUACUAAAGUUAGAAUAGAAUGGAUGACGGAUAUUUUAUCUCAUUUAUCUUGGCUUUUAGAUGCCAAAACGUGUACAAUGAAAGGCAGUUUUGUUUCCCAUAGGAAAUGCAUUUUACAUCUCUGUGUGUGCACGCCCCGCGUGCUCGAGUCUGGGACAUUUCGAUUAGCUUGAAUUGUGUGGUAAUAACUUUCUUUUUGCUCAUUGUAUUUUAGUUUUUGCGAGAUCUCAAGUAUAAUAAAUAUAUUGAGAUUGAUAGACGCUUGGAGGUUUCGUUUGUAUAAAACAUUUCUCCGACGCGGCGUAGUUAGAAUCGAUUAAUGUCAGCGUCUGCCCCGUUACAGGAAGUGAUUCUGCGAAUCAGACGAGUAAUUCCUUUAAGUAAAAAAUAUGUUAUUCGUGAGCUUGGAAGUCCGCAUUGGACUCAAGACCUCGGCCACAGUUUUUCCCAAUACAGACCGACCUAGGGUGGUGAAUAACAUUUUUAUUUUUUUCUCUUAAACUUAACAAAAUUCUUCCCAAAAUAAAUUGAAUGAUUUGGGGCUUUAAUUACAGCAAGAUCUUCUAUAAACUGCAAAUUAAAGAGAGCUGCUUCACCGAAACGACAGUGUCUUCUUCAACUUACGGAAAGUAUUAUUCACUCUCAUCGACGAUUGAUUAAUUAUUAAUUAAUAAGGAAAGUAAAACUAAGUAAAUUCGAUUUUUUUUGCUAUUUUUUACUUUGAGGUUAUUUUGUUCACUACGAACAAAUUGUUUGAAAGAAUUCAGAUAUUAUAAGAAUGAAAGUUCCAUCGAUUAAUUCGAUUGUAACCAAACUACCAAAUACCCCACGUUUUUAUCUUUUUGUGAAGGAUUAAAAUUAAUUACAGACUGUUUUUAGGCCGCUUGUCAACUAAUUUAACGAGGCUUUUGCUUAUACAUAUUCAUUUCCAAUAUUUUUCUGUCAACCGAAGUGAUUUGAGAGAGUAAAAAGAAAGGAUUAAUAAGUUAUUUAUCGGCUUGAGGUAGUGACCGACGUCUUUGCUUAAAAAUACUGCCCAGCCGGAAAAAAGAGGUAUGUUUAUGUAGAGUGGCAACGAAAGCAGAGAUGUACUCGGCGACUCGCGAAAGCGUUACCGUUGCCCGUGGGCAGAGAUAGGAAAAUACGGACCGCGCAAAGAACCAAUAUUGCAGGAUUCGUUACCGUGGCCUCUGAGAAAAAAAUGAACUAGUUUAUUGAACAAGCGGCACUGAAAGACGAAAAGAGAAUUUCAAUUGAUAGUCUCUUGGAAGUAUUAUAUAUUAUAGGGCGUAGUUUUACUGUUUGGAUCUAUUUUCCACUUUUGAAUACUGAACUGUUUUGUUAAUAAGUAAAGAAAACGCAAACACACACAUUCUUAGAUCUAUUUCUUUCCCGAAAAAUGUGGAUUAUUAACAGCAAUUAUGGAUUGUUUUUGGUGAGUUUUCAGGCAACAAAUUUUAAUCAAAAUUUGCAUAUACUAUGUUUGUUAUGUCUUGAGUUUUUUUUGAAAGACACCUCUUUUUUUCCCUUUAAAGGUGGACUGUGGUCAGGCAAGAAUAUAACAUCUUUUGGGGAAUGAUCCUCAAUAUUUUCAAAUUCAAUAAUAGCGAAGAGGUAUGUAUUGGCUAUUCCGAAAUUUGAGAUUCCUUUUCCUCGCCGCUACCAUGGAGUUUGUCACAGCCAAUGAUCAAUGCAGGACAGAAGUAAACAUACAAGGAAUGGCUCUCAAACGCUCUGUCUUUAAAAGAUGGUCAGUGGCGACUCCUCACCUUUGCGAUGUCAAAUGUGGACAAGAGAUCGCGUGCCAAAGUUAUAACUACAAUCGAAAAUACCAAAUAUGUGAACUAAAUAACCGCACAAAGGAGGCGAGACCAGAGAAUUUCCUUUCAGCCCCCUCGUGGUUUUACAUCAGGCGAUUGAACGGCAGAGGUAAGAAGUCAGAAGUCUAUGUGUCUCGCUGAUUUUUGUUUAUCUAGAUUUUCUCCCCACUUAGCCAACCUUGUUCCCUCUCAUCUAUGAUUGAAAAAUAAGAAUAGGACGAAAACAAGACUUUUGUUUUUACUGCAGCUCCUUUGGGUUCUAUUCCUGAGUUACCGGCGAUAUCCUGUCUCGAAAUAAAGGCGAGUGAAGGUAAAAACACCAUCAGCGGCAAGUACUGGCUGGAUCCAGCAGGAACUGGGAAGGCAAUAUUGAUUAACUGUGAUAUGGCUAGCGGGGGUAGGUCUUAUUUUUUUUACGAGUUAACUUAAUUUUAUACCACAAAUUAUAUUAAUGUUAUUUUUAUUUUUAUCACUAAUAUUUGUUUGGUUAAUAUCAGUUCUAGCGUGGAUACCCUUUUCACUUCGUUUUACUUUAUUCUUUGCCUUUAUUCUAAUUUCUAGAUAUGGAUGAAUGUAAAUAUAACAUCAGUGACUGCGAUGUGAAUGCAAACUGCACUAAUACGUACGUUUCUUACAAAUGCACUUGUAAAGCGGGAUAUACUGGCGAUGGACACUCAUGUUCAGGUACACUUAAUUUCGUCAUCCAAGAUGACCAUUAAUGUGUUUCUCCAUUAACUGUUUUAGCUCACCUCUAUGCGAGGUUUCCUCGUGAUACUGAGUUCAGCUACAGAUUAAAGCAGAAUUUACAGUUUUGACGUAGUUAAUGAAUGCAGGAAUAAGCACAAGCACUUGCAUCGGAGACAAAGGAAACAUGUUUAACACUGUGUUAUGUACAUAUUAUUUUGAGUGAAGCGAUACUAAAAAGACUUGUGACAUUAAUACGAAAUAAACCAAAGAAAGUUAUCGUCAACAUCAUUGCCGAAAAAUUACCAUCAUCAUCCACCAUCAUCCUCGUCACCAUCACUUUGACCAUCAUCAUUACGAACACUUUUGUUUACAUAUAUCGAUGAAUGCAGCGAGAAAAUCCAUGUUUGUGGUGUGAAUGCAAAGUGCACUUAUACUAAUGGCUCUCCUAACUGCACUCGUACGGAUGGAUUAUUACUGGAAUUUCCAAUUCUUUAAAGUUCAAAGAAUUGGCUGAUCACUGCAUAAGAAUAUACUUCUGCUCCUCGCCCAACUGCAGUUGUAAGGAAUGAUCGAUUGAAGAACGAUCAAUGUUAAGAAUAGCUUAAACAUCCAAAGCAAAAAAUUGUUCAUAAAAGUGGAAAUUGUGGGUUCCAAUUUUUUUUUUUUUUCAUUACAUGCACAGUAUUUAAUUAGUGAAAGAUAUGACUGCAACAGAAGUACUAGUUAGGUGACAGCUGAGUGAUACUUGAGCCCAAAUUUUCUCCUGCUCUUUUUUUUUUUCCUAUUUAAUUUCCUUUUUUACAUCACAUGUACUUCUAGAUAUCGAUGAAUGCAGCAAUGGAGGUCAUGCUUGUGAUGAGAAUGCAAAUUGCACCAACACCAAAGGCUCUCACUUUUGUGCCUGUAAGGAGGGAUAUACUGGGACCGGAAAGUCAUGCCAAGGUACAUUAUUAAAUUAGCAUACGAACUUUAGCGCAUUUCCGACUGUUACUCCCCUCCGACAAAGCAAGUAGGCCCGCAGUUGCACGCCACGUUAGAUUAGCUCUAGCAUCAGACAGAAUCAUUUGGCACAAGUAAGCCAUGCUUAUUCCCGUGGAUAGCGCCACCAUCCCCAUUUUCUAUUUUGUAAAUCAGAAAGCUUUAUUCUAUUUUUUAUAAAUAUAUUUCGGGCAGUUACACUACUUAGAAGGUAAGAGUCUUUGAGUGAAUUUUAGCAGCAAAAUAGUUUCUCACGAAGUCUCGACCAAACUUUGGUCAUUUUCAAUUGAAUAAUAACAAUGUCACCAUGAAUAUUUGGUGAGAUCGACACCAUUGUAUUGAACCUUCACUCCCAAAAUCACAUGAGCAAUUCUCCUUAUUGUCUGCCAUAGAAUUUUUAUGAUGCUACCUUUGUGAAUUUGGUAGUGAGUCAACUAAUACUCCCCUAAAGUAUAUUUUUCUCUAUUCUCAUCACUUGUUUGUUUGAUAUUAUAUUGAUUUGGUAAGGAGAAAUUCUGUCUUGUCACUCAUGGGAGUGAAGGAGUUAAAUAAACAGUCAGAAGUAAAAAAUCUCAACUGGCAAAGGGGGAAUUGAUGGAUUUAGGCUUACAAGACAGAACAACAGAUUUGAAAUUGGGGGAACCGAGAAAUAAAAUCUGGUGAGUGGUAAUGUGAAGUGCUUGCGUCUACAAACACAAGAAAGAAAGAAUCAGGUAUCUAAGCUUAUGCUCCGCAAAUUUUUGAUUUAUUUCUGAUUUUACAGAUAUUGACGAGUGUAAAGGAAAUCACUCUUGUCACUUAAAUGCUACCUGCACGAACACCCUUGGAUCACAUGUAUGUGAAUGUCACCCUGGAUAUACUGGAAAUGGACGAAACUGCACAGGUGACUUUAAUUUUCCUCGCUACAUGUAUUCUGUGCUUAGAGUAGUCCUGCAUGACACGUUGGACUACAGCACCGCACCAUUCAGCCGCGUUGCAGAAAAAUUAGAGAAUUUAUCACCCAUAACUCGUUUUAAUUUGAGGUUACAUCCCACCUACAGAUGCCGAAAAAAUCGAUUUUUCUUUUAUUUAGAAAAGAGUACUUUCGAAUAAAAGUUAAUGAAUAAGGACCUAGGCGAAUCCUCUGGGGGAACUUUCGCGGCAACCGCUCAUGUUGAGGCUCGAUUUUCAUGUUAUUUCCAUAUUUUGUUUAUAUCGCACACUUUACAAAUUUCACAUGUGAAAGCUUCUUUCUUAAGGAAAAAUCUUUGCUCGUGGAAAAUCAUGAGCGGAAGAAAGUCGUUGGUGAAAAAAAAAAAAAAUAAAACAGGCUUAAAGAAGAAAGAAAGAGUACCAAUCUGUUAAGAAAAGAAAAAAACUUCCUUUGUGAAAGUGACUGGUGCUGGCGGAGCUCCACGCUGGCGUCCAGAGUUUGAAUAAAGAAAUCGCCGUCAAAUCAAAAUUUACCAUACACAAUGUUAAAAACGGGGUUUCCCUUUCUUUAUGCAAGUACCAGCCUUGAUGCAAAAACAUUUGUAUACAAAACACUUGCCUCGGAUCGCAAUUUUGAAAGCUGUAUGUCGAUUCGUUGUCUUCCUCCUCAGCACAUUUUGCAGUUUUUCCAUUUUUGUCGCGGGUGUUUUCUUUGCAUUGGCAACUUUUCUCAUCAUUGUGUCGUCCUCCUUAACGCUCCACUUAUUAUCAUUAUUAUCAUCAAGUUUAAAUAAUCAAGAUACUACGAGUGCCCUGAUUGGUCAAAAAGCAAUCGUUGUUUGCACUCGUAAUUUAUGGAAAACUGAAUUUUAUGUUAUUAUGGUAACAGACAGCACUUUCUAUCGGUUUAGCAGCGUAGUAAACGUUUCCAGAUGUUGGGAAACAAUUCGGAAAAAAAAGAAAAUCAAUCACCUUCAGCUCACCUUUCACCUUUCUGGUGUUCUCACAACAACCCAUGUGGGUUAUCUCGCCAGUAAACUGAUAGAAAAAGCGAUGAAUAAAGGGGGUUAGGUUUUAAAGAAACUGUGGUGCUGCGUCGGUGGGAGAGUAUAACAGAGUAAUUCAGUAUUAUAAACAAAGUUGAUAACGUAAAUUGGCCACCGUAAAUAGUUUUAAAGCUUACGCUCGAAACUUCAGCUUCGUAAUUCUUUACGGUGGCCAAUUUACAUUAUCAGCUCAGUUGACCAAACCAAAUUAUUUCACUAAUCAGAUUCACGAGAAAUGCUAAAAUAUAAUAAAAAAAAUUUAAAAAGGAAAAUCCAGUUGAGGUACAAACAACUCAGGCUAUAAAGGGCGAUCAAAGCAAGAGGAAACAACUCUUUACAAUAAAAGCUAAGUUUUUUUUCGUUUGUCUCACAAUGUAGUCGCGUGUGAUAUAGAUCGCGACGUUUCGGCUGCAUACUGCUAGUCUUCUUCAGGCGAUGAGGUCGACUGGUCAUAUGUGAUCUUAUAAGACAUGAUGCUCUGCUGUGAUAAGUUAUUUUUCAACAGCUCUUGGUGCAUUUCGGUUCCUGCUGUUUCACUCAGUGAUUUUCUCCCUCGGCGGUCCGCUGUCGCACGGCUCUCCUGUUGUUGUGUUUUUUGAUCGUGGGCAUCCACGCUUCUGGAAUUUCUAUUCCACUAUCCCUUUUGAUGUUGUUAGGGUGAAAUCCUAUAUGAUUGCUACUUUGACUCUGCGCGUGACCCUUACCACUACACGCGUGAGACAAAUGAAAAAUUUUUAUUGUCAUUAUAUAUAUGGUUUCUCAGAUAUUGACGAAUGUAAAGGAAAUCACUCUUGUUACGUGAAUGCUACCUGCACGAACACCAACGGAUCCUUUGUGUGUGAAUGCCAGCCCGGAUUUAAUGGAAAUGGUCAAAACUGCAUUUAAAUUUAAAUUUGAAUUUAAUCUUUUUGGUACAAUAUUUAGAAUACUCUCGCUCAAAUCUCUGAGAUGGCCACUGUCGGCCAUUUUAUUAGUUUUUCAUAUGUAAACGAUACUGGCUGUGCCUUAGGUCUACCUAGAGCUGUCCUUUAAUGCCCUGUCUGAGAAGGAAAGAGCUCAAAUUCGGAUCCUUUUGAAUUUAUUUGGAUCUUUAAUAUCACUGUUUUAGCUUCUUCAGUGAUAAUAUCCUACGCAUGUACUACUUGGCCCCUUAAUUAAUAUAUUCUUAAGUACAAGUUUCACCACUGAUUGACAAGCUGCCGGAGUUAUAGGACGUUAGAAAAGAUCUUGAACCAUUGAUGUUAAUAACCUAAGUCCUGUUGCAAUUAUUAUUUCACUUUUUAGCUGAUCCUUGCUAUCAUUAUAAAAACUUGAGUUAUGCCAAUAGAAAGAUAAGUUACGCAACACCUAUCGGUUCAGAGUUGUGUGACACCCAACUCCCUUCAGGAUGGUAUCGUUUUGUGGGAGCUGCAGGAACAAAAAAUGCCAACAACACGCGUGUCAGCAUACAGGUGUGGUACCAACUGGUCAGGCUGGUUGGAUGGUGCUCAUCCUACAGUGGAAGAUGGUGA